AUGGCACAACAAAACAAACCCUCUAAAUCAGCUUUAAUACACAAGAAAAGAAAAUGUGAUGAUUCAGAGCCCUGUCGGGAAGAUGACAGUUGGCCCAGAUUUAUUGUAAUAAAAGGAACAGAAGAAAAACCAAUUUCAAAAAUAUCGCCCUUUGUAAUUCACAAACAAAUUCAAAGCGUUGCUGGUACUGUUAAAAAAGUUUCAAAAAUGAGAUCUGGCAAUUUGUUGGUUGAAUGUUCCAACAAAAGUCAAUCAACAAAUUUACUUACAAUGUCUACAAUAUCAAACUUUCCUGUUUCUGCCUCUCCUCAUAACAGUUUGAACAGCUGUAAGGGGAUCAUUCGAGACAGAAGUCAAUACCUUGGUGACCUUACCGUGGAAGAAAUCGGUGAGGAACUUUCAAGCCAAGGUGUAACUAAUGUUAUUAGAUUUCAAAUUAAAAAGAAUGGAAAUAUAAUCAAAUUAAAUACUUAUCUUUUGACCUUUAGAACUCCAACUCCUCCUCCAUCUAUUACUUUAGGUUGCUUCGGAAUCAGAGUUGACAUGUUUAUCCCUAACCCAAUUCGAUGCUUUACUUGUCAAAAGUUUGGUCAUGGAAGCAAACAAUGUCGUGGUAAGCAGAGAUGCUUCAAGUGUUCUGACGAAGGACACGAGGGAACAAACUGUCACUCUGAAUCUUCUAAAUGUGUAAACUGUGGUGAAUCCCAUUUUUCAUCGUCUAGGGACUGCCCUGUUUACCUUAAAGAAAAAAAUAUUAUUAAAAUUAAAACAGAAAGAAACAUUAGUUACCCAGAAGCUAAACAGAUAGCUUCUGUUUCGAAUGAUCUCCUUGUUUCAAACAGACCAUCGUACGCCAGCAAAGUUGUCCGCUCAUUCAGUCACGAGAAUACACAAACUCGCAUGACUUGGCCAAUUGAUGCGGACAAUUUUAAAAUGCUGCCUGUUGAAACAGAACCUACCGAUAGAAUAUUAAUUCCAAGAAAACCAAUAUCUUCCAAAACCAGUACUCAGUCAACUCAAUCUUCCCUACAGAGCUCACUAUCAUCACCAAACAAAAAUGAGAAAAAAAAAUCAAAUAAAAAAGAAACAGUAGAAAUACACAAUUGGAGCGGUGAAUCUGUCUGGGAUCUUCCCAAUGACAUAGAUGAUUCUUCCACCUCCAAAAGUCUUCCUUCAUCUGCAUCCAAGAAGGUAUCUUCUUCGUCCAGUACACAGUCUACCAGAGCCCCAUCUCCUCUUCGUUCUCAAGAAAAGAAGGAUGUCCAAAAGAAGCCAGGAAAUACAUCCUCUCAGAAGUCUUCUGAUUCGAGGUCGCGGGGUAGGGGUCGAGGCGGAGUAACACCAGCUGCGCGUAGUCCUGAAGAUCGACGACUCUCCUCGCACAACAGAUUUUCAACACUUAUCAUCGAAACUGAAAUGGAAACUGAAAGUGUUCCGCCACUCGAAAGAUCACGAUCUCAGGGUGAGCGAAAUAAGAAUGCCGGCAAACUCGACAGCAUUCGCCCUUCUUUUAAAAAAUAA